GGCCAGGGAGCGGAAGUCGUAAUCAGCUGGUGGCGGAGACCUCUGAAGAGGAGCAGCAGCGAGAGACAUCUUCACCACCGGUUAACACCGGAGGAGAGAGAGAGAUAGAGGGAGAGGGGGAGAGAGAGAGAGAGAGAGAGCGAGAUACAUAGAGGGAGAGCGAGAGAGAGAGAGAGAGAGAGAGAGAGAGAGAGCGAGAUAGAAGGGGGGACUCACUGAUCACUUCUGGGGGGCCCCGAUUGAACCGAGAAGGCUCUGAAGACAGACCCGGAGACGGCAGAACAGCGACCCGUCCUAAUUCGGACUGUAAUAACAACGAAAACGACCGUGGAUAAUUAAGGUGAAAGUAGCGGUGGUUCAGAAACGGCAGAAAAAGGGCUCCUUGAUACAAAGACAAGGGGGUCCGACUGACACCACUACGUCCAACCGGGGGUCGGUGAACCGGGAGCCCGGUACCAUGAGGAAGUCCGGCCGUGUGAACCCGCCGCGCUGCCGCCAGGUUUGACGGUGAUCGGUGUUUUUAAGAGCCGAUGUCAACACACACGGAGCCCGGAGGCUAGCUCAGGAGAUUAGCAUUAGCAGUUAGCCGCUAAGCUAGCGUUAGCAUUAGCUUCUCGACAACUCCCUUCAAACCGGGACUCAACGACCCGGGUUCUGUACCCCCACCGACGCGUGUCUGUCUCCGAGGGGACCCCUCACACGGAUGUCAGCGGCUGUCAUCGCCCGUGUCGGCGGGGACAGCUGCUGUUAGCAGCCCGUGAGACUUGUUAGCUCCAGAGGCUAACGUUAGCUCCCAGCGUUAGCACACUUCCAUGGAGUAAUUGGCUUUGCUGGGUUAUCAUAUCAGGUGUUUCGGGCUCCUGAACAGGGCUGGACGGGGUCUGGACGUGGUCUGGAUGGAGUCUAGAUGUUGACAGGCUUAAUGAAUGAGUGCCGAGGCUUGGAGACAAAGUGUCCCAGUGUGCUGUGAGGGGUGGGGGGGGGGGGGGUGAUAAAGUCUCUUAUUUUGAUAUUUUGGACUCCUCGUCGUGGGGCACCGUGUCGUUACCUCCGACCCGAUGGGAUCGUGAUGUUGUCGUCGGUGAAGACUGAAUGGAAAGAGUCUCGCUUUGAGUCGGAUCAUCACCACAUCAUCACCAAACCGCUGUAGAUGAGCUGUCAGCUCACCCUCCGCGGGGGUCCACGGGGCCCGGGGCUUUCACCGCCCUCAGCGGGGCCGUAAGACACACUCCACGGACGCUUGGAACCUUGAGACUCCGUCCGAUAAGGACUACCGCUGCUUGUCGAUAUCUGUGUUUACUAUUGGAGAUCGGGGAUCGAUCGUUCCUCCCUCGGUUUCUACCACAACGGGACAACUGUUGAACUGUUAUAACAGGUCCCUUUUAAGGUCUGGGGACAUUCACCCCGUCCCCCCACAACUUUUGAGGUCUUGGGACUUCCCCCCGGUCCCUUGGCGUAAGGGGCUGAGAGAGGCUGCAGCCGUCCGUGUGUGGGUCAAGCCGCCGUCCGUCAUGGAGCUGAUGUUCGCCGAGUGGGAGGACGGGGAGAGGUUCUCCUUCGAGGACUCGGACCGGUUCGAGGAGGACUCUCUGUGCUCGUUCAUCUCGGAGGCAGAGAGCCUGUGUCAGAACUGGAGGGGCUGGAGGAAGCAGUCGGCCGGGCCAAAUUCCCCCACGGUGAAGGUCAAAGAUGGCCAGGUGUGUCCCCUGGUGGAGCUGUCGGCCAAGCAGGUGGCGUUCCACAUCCCUUUUGAGGUGGUGGAGAAGGUCUACCCCCCUGUCCCAGAGCAGCUGCAGCUCCGCAUCGCCUACUGGAGCUUCCCUGAGAAUGAGGAGGACAUCAGGUUGUACUCGUGUCUGGCCAAUGGGAGUCCAGAUGAGUUCCAGCGGGGGGAGCAGCUGUACCGGGUGCGGGCGGUGAAAGACCCCCUGCAGAUCGGCUUCCACCUGAGCGCCACGGUGUUCUCCACGCAGGGCGGUCAGUCCAAGGGCGCGUACAACGUGGCCGUGAUGUUCGACCGCUGCCGCAUCACUUCCUGUUCCUGUACCUGCGGCGCCGGGGCCAAGUGGUGUGCGCACGUGGUGGCGCUGUGUCUCUUCCGCAUACACAACGCGUCUGCUGUGUGUCUGCGGGCCCCAGUCUCAGAGUCUCUCUCCCGGCUGCAGAGGGACCAGCUCCAGAAGUUCGCCCAGUACCUCAUUAGCGAGCUGCCCCAGCAGAUCCUGCCAACGGCUCAGAGACUGCUGGAUGAGCUGCUGUCCUCCCAGUCCACGGCCAUCAACACAGUCUGCGGGGCUCCAGACCCCACGGCAGGCCCCUCUGCCUCGGAUCAGAGCACCUGGUACCUGGACGAGUCCACGCUGAGGGACAACAUCAAGAAGACCCUCCACAAGUUCUGUGGUCCGUCCCCGGUGGUCUUCAGCGACGUGAACUCCAUGUACCUGUCCUCCACGGAGCCCCCGGCGGCCGCGGAGUGGGCCUGCCUGCUGCGCCCGCUGCGGGGGCGCGAGCCCGAGGGCAUCUGGAACCUGCUGUCCAUCGUCAGGGAGAUGUUCAAGAGGAGGGACAGCAACGCCGCCCCCCUGCUCUACAUCCUCACGGAGCAGUGCCUCACCUACGAGCAGAUCAUCGGGUGGUGGUACAGCGUGCGUACCUCCGCCUCCCACAGCAGUGCCAGCGGCCACACCGGCCGCAGCAACGGGCAGACGGAGGUGGCGGCCCACGCCUGCGCCAGCAUGUGUGACGAGAUGGUGGUGCUGUGGAGGCUGGCGGUGCUGGACCCCACCAUGAGCCCCCAGAGGCGCCUGGAGCUGGCGUCGCAGCUGAAGACCUGGCACCUGAAGGUGAUCGAGAUCGUGAAGCGCGGGCAGCACCGCAAGUCCCUGGACAAGCUGUUCCAAGGCUUCAAGCCCGCCGUGGAGUCCUGCUACUUCAACUGGGAGGUGGCCUACCCGCUCCCGGGCAUCACCUACUGCAGCGCCGAGAAGAAGAGCGCCUCCUUCUGCUGGGCCCGCGCCGUGCAGCAGCAGAGGGGGGCCAAGGCCGCCUCGGCCGCAGGAGGGGGUGGAGGAGGGGGAGAAGGUUCCGAGACCGCGGGAGGAGGCGCCCCGCGAGGGGGGCUGGGUCGAGCCGAGAGCGGGACUGCCGGCGGCGAUUACAAAGGGAGGGGCAACGGCCACUUCCUCCAGCAGGAGGUGGCGGUGCGGCCCAAGGAGACGAUGGUGAGCAAGAGGAAGGGUCUGACGGCGGGCGGGGGCGUGCUGGGCCGGCUGGCGGGGGGGCCGUCCCUGUCCCUGGAGGAGGGCGGCGGCGGCGGGGGAGGUGGAGGAGGGGGUAAGUGCGUGUACAAGGGCCCCGGCUCCUCCUCGUCGGGGGGGAAGGGCAAGCUGACGCAGGGCUCCGGGAAGGGGGGCUCCAUGGGCGGGUCGGGUGGUGCGGGGGCGUCCGGCGGCGGCGGCGGCGGGGGGAAGCACGCGGCCGCCAAGCGCCGCACCAGCAGCGAGGACAGCUCCCUGGAGCCCGACAUGGCGGAGCUCAGCCUGGACGACGGCUCCUGCCUGGCGCUGGGCGCGGAGGCCAGCAACACCUUCGACUUCACCCCCCCGCCGCCCGAGAUGCUGCCCCCGCCCGGGCCGCUGCUCCGGGGGAAGUACGGCGGCGGCGGCGGCGGCGGCGGCGGCGUCGGAGGGGGAGGGGCCUCCAAGAGGAUGACCCAGACCUCGGCCUCCACGGCUCACCCGCCCGCCAACGCCCAGCCCCAGGCCCCGCCCCCGGCACCCUGCGCCCCGCCCAAGGAGGCGGUGACGGUGCUGGUGGUGGUGGCGCCGGAGGAGGAGGAGAAGGAGAUGGAGCUGGAGGAGAUGGAGGACGACCAGGAGGAAGGCGGGAAGGCACCGGCGGGGGCGGCCUCCGCCGGGGGGCCCGCGUUGGAGGCGGGGGCGGGGUCUUCCGGGGCCCCGCCUCCCCCGGCUGCAGGAGGAGCAGCAGGGGAGGGGGCCGGCGGAGCGGACCCCGCGGGGGAGGACGACUACCAGGCGUACUACCUGAGCGCAGCCUCGGAGGAGGGGGGCGACCGGGGGGCCGCCGACAACCACCACGAGGAGGAGCCCGACAUCUUCGCCGGGAUCAAACCUCUGGAGCAGGAGGGUCAGAUGGAGGUGCUGUUUGCGUGUGCUGAGGCCCUGUACGCCCACGGCUACAGCAGUGAGUCCUGCAGGCUGGCCGUGGAGCUGGCCGGAGACCUGCUGGCCAACCCUCCUGACCUCAAGGUGGAGCAGCCUCAGACCAAGGGUAAGAAGAGCAAGGUGUCGACCAUCCGUCAGACGGCGGUGGCCACCAGCACGCUGUCCAAGGCGGCCUUCCUGCUCAUGGUGCUCAGCGAGCGGCUGGAGCUCCACAACCUGGCCUUCAGCACCGGCAUGUUCUCCCUGGAGCUGCAGAGGCCGCCCGCCUCCACCAAGGCCCUCGAGGUGAAACUGGGCUACCAGGAGACGGAGGUGGUGGCCCUGAUGAAGAAGAUCCCCCUGGGGCUGGUGGAGAUGACGGCCAUCCGGGACCGCGGCGAGCAGCUCAGGGACGGCAGCUUCUGCGACUACCGGCCUGUCCUGCCCCUCAUGCUGGCCAGCUUCAUCUUCGACGUGCUCUGCAUCCCAGUUUGUGCAGUCGUAUCCCCCACGGGGUCCCGGCCGCCCAGCCGUAACCGUAACAACGAGAUGCCCGGCGACGAGGAGCUGGGCUUCGAGGCGGCGGUGGCGGCUCUCGGCAUGAAGACGACGGUGAGCGAGGCAGAACACCCCCUGCUGUGCGAGGGCACCCGGCGGCAGAAGGGAGACCUGGCUCUGGCCCUCAUGAUCACCUACAAGGACGACCAGAGCAAGCUGAAGAAGAUUCUGGACAAGCUGCUGGACCGCGAGAGCCAGACCCACAAGCCCCAGACCAUCAGCUCCUUCUACUCCAGCAGCAAGCCCGCCGCCAGCAGCCAGCGCAGCCCGUCCAAGCACUCUGCCAGCCAUCACGCCGGGGCCCCCGGGGGCCAAGGGGCCGGCGGCGUCCACAACAACAACAACAAACACGCCGCCGCUUCAUCGUCUGGUGCCGCGGUCGCUGCCGCCGUGGCCUCCUCCUCCUCCAGCUCCUCCUCCGUUGUGCCGGUGGGGAGCGGGGCGGGGGUGCCGGGCCAGCUAGCUGCCGCCACCGCUGCGGCUGCCCAGAACAACAACAACAACGGCGGGGAAGGAGGGAGCGACGCCAGGGAGCUAGACGGGGGCCAGCCGACGGCGUGCGAGCCGCAGAACGACCUGGCCGCAUUCAAGCCCGAGGGCCCGGUGCCCAGUCGGCUAGCGCUUGGGGGCCGCGGGGCCUAUAGCGGCCGCUGCUGGGGCUCCCCGGUGCGCCAGAAGAAGAAGCACACAGGCAUGGCUAGCAUCGACAGCAGCGCUCCGGAAACCACCUCCGACAGUUCCCCUACCCUAAGCCGCCGACCCAUCCGUGGGGGCUGGGCCGCCACCUCCUGGGGGCGGGGCCAGGACAGUGACAGCAUCAGUAGCUCCUCCUCUGAUUCGCUGGGCUCUUCCUCAUCCAGUGGCUCUCGACGGACAGGGGGCGGGGCUAGGGCCAAGAGCACAGACACCAGCCGUUACAAGGGGCGUCGCCCGGAGUGCCACGCCCCCCACGUGCCCAAUCAGCCGUCGGAGGCCGCCGCCCACUUCUACUUCGAGCUGGCCAAGACGGUGCUCAUCAAGGCGGGGGGGAACUCUUCCACCUCCAUCUUCACGCAGCCCUCGGCCAGCGGGGGCCACCAGGGGCCCCACCGCAACCUCCACCUGUGUGCCUUCGAGAUCGGCCUGUACGCCCUGGGCCUGCACAACUUCGUCUCCCCCAACUGGCUGUCCCGGACCUACAGCUCCCACGUGUCCUGGAUCACAGGCCAGGCCAUGGAGAUCGGCAGCGCGGCCCUCAACAUCCUGGUGGAGUGCUGGGACGGCCACCUGACGCCCCCCGAGGUGGCGUCGCUGGCGGACCGGGCCUCCCGCGCCCGGGACCCCAACAUGGUGCGGGCGGCGGCGGAGCUGGCCCUCAGCUGCCUGCCCCACGCCCACGCCCUCAACCCCAACGAGAUCCAGAGGGCCCUGGUGCAGUGCAAGGAGCAGGUGGGGCUCCGGCUGGGCUCCGUCUGUCUGUCCGCCCGGCCCUCCGUCUGUCAGUCGCACAGCUACCAACCGUCUGACAACACCAUGCUGGAGAAGGCCUGCAUGGCGGUGGAGGAGGCGGCCAAGGGGGGCGGGGUCUACCCGGAGGUGCUGUUCGAGGUGGCCCACCAGUGGUACUGGCUGUACGAGCAGUCCGUCGGCGGGGGGGCGGGGCAGCAGAGGGAGGGGGUUGGGCGCUGCGGCGCUAACGGCGGCGCCGGCCGCAGACCCCCCGACUCCCACUGCGGCCUGCUGGACGGGGGCGGGGUCAUGGGCGAGUCCCCGGGCGUUACCGCAGUGACGGCCACGGUGACGGCGGCGGCGGUGGUGCCGGUGAUCUCGGUGGGCUCCACCAUCUACCAGUCGCACCCGCUGCCGGGCCAGGCCAUGGCCCACCCCCACGGGCCCGGCCUGCACCCCUACACCACCAUCCAGGCCCACCUGCCCACCGUCUGCACCCCCCAGUACCUGGGGCACCCCCUGCAGCAGGUCCCUCGGCCCACCGUGUACCCUGUGGCCGGAGCCGCCUACCCCCAGGUGGGCCUCGCUGGCAUGCACCCGGCCUUCAUCGGGGCGCAGUACCCCUUCUCCGUGGCCACGGGCCCCCACCCGCCCAUGGCUACCACCGCCGUCACCUUCCCCGGGGUGCAGGUUCCGUCCAUGACCCAGAUCGCGGUCCACCCCUACCACACUGAGACCGGCAUGCCCAUGGGCACCACCGUGGCAGGAUCCUUUUAUUCCCUCCCAGUAGGUGGCAUCCACGCGGGCUCCACCAUCCAGGCCAUGCAGGCCGCGUCUCUGGCCGCCAUGCCCGCCCUGGCCUCCCAGCCCGCCUCCAUGGUCAACAGCCAGCCCCUGCCCCCGGAUGACGAGCAGCACAGCCAGCCAAUCAGCCAGCAGGGCCUGCACUACCUGCACUCCGCCUACAGAGUUGGCAUGCUGGCUCUGGAGAUGCUGGGGCGGCGGGCUCACAACGACCACCCCAACAACUUCUCCCGCAGCCCCCCCUACACCGAGGACGUGAAGUGGCUGCUGGGGCUGGCUGCGCGGCUAGGGGUGAACUACGUGUACCAGUUCUGCGUGGGCGCGGUCAAGGGGGUCCUGAGCCCCUUCGUCCUGCAGGAGAUCAUCAUGGACGCCCUGCAGCGGCUCAACCCCGUCCACAUCCACGCACACCUGCGCAUGCCCGCCUUCCACCAGCUGGUGCAGCGCUGUCAGCAGGCCUACCUCCAGUACAUCCACCACCGGCUCAUCCACCUGACGCCGGCCGACUACGAUGACUUCGUCAACAUCAUCCGCAGCGCCAGGGGGGCCUUCUGCCUGACGCCGGUGGGCAUGAUGCAGUUCAACGACGUCCUGCAGAACCUCAAGAGGGGCAAGCAGACCAAGGAGCUGUGGCAGCGCAUCUCCCUGGAGAUGGCCACCUUCUCCCCAUGACUGGAGCUCCAGCUCAGGCUGGAGAUGGCCACCUUCUCCCCCUGAAUGGAGCUCUGUGUCUGGGUGGAGUCUGAGCCCUUCUUCCCCCCCCCCCCCCCCCCAUCCCACCCUCUUGACUGGAGCGCUGUCUUUAGGAGGAGAUGGAACCCUUUCCCCCCCCCUCCCUCCCUGACUGAAGCUCUGCAUCCCCCUGGGUAUAGUGACCUUUUACCCAGGAAUGGAGCUGCGUCACCGGAUGGAGACGUACACAUCUCCCCCUGAAUGGAGUUCUUUCUCUGGGUGGAGAUGGACCCGUUCUCCCUCCAAGACCGGGGCUCCAGAACUCCCCCGAUGAUGGCCACUUCCUCCCCCAUGACUUGAGCUUCAUGUCAGGCUGCAGCCGGCUACCUUCUCCCUGAUGACUGAAGCUCUGCGACUCCCUGGGGACAGCCACCAUCUCUCCACGACCGGAGCUCCAUCUCAGGCUUGAGAUGGCUAAUUUGUCCCCCAUGACUGGAGCUCUGUAUCCUACUGGGGAUGAGCCACUGUCCUCCCGCAGACUGGAGCUCCGCUUGAGGCCGGAGGUGCUGAGGACUCGCCUGGGGGAGAGGGACGUGAUUAUGGGGGAUGUUUUAAAGGGGCCUGACCCCAAGGUCCUUAGCCAGCGUCUGACGUCUCCUGCUUGGAUGUUCUGCAUCGUACUCUGGGGUGCAUGGGGACGGAAGACCCUCCCUCACCUCCUCUCUCUCACACAUAGACACACACACACACACACACGCACACACAAGCAUACACACAAACAUGCAGCACAAUCAACUUCCUAAAGUCCUUGACUCCACAAGACUUCCUUUUGGUAUAAAAAGAAAUGUCAGUGUGUGCGUGCACGUGUGUUUGUGUGCAUGCACGAGGCAGCAGGGGGUUGGAUGUUUGAUUUCACUUCGUCCAGACUUUGUGCUCACUUACACGUAUUACCUUUCCGUCUGUAUUCAAUCAUUGUUCAAGUUAGUGUAAACCUCCUCUACUACUAAGGCACCCCCCCCCCCUUCUCCGACCGCCUCCACUUCCUGUAGGGGCGGGGCUUCGUCAUCACUUCUUUGAGAGUGGGUCUUCGUCGUCAGGACAACACUGCAUUUGUUUCUUCCUUUUU